CAAAUAUCGCGGCAUUUCUUUCUGUGCACUGGCUUUUUGGUUAGUAAAUUAGCCUGUACUCCCUUGAAAUGGCAACCAAAAUCGACCAGAAAGAAUACUUAAAACGUUAUCUUUCCAAUGAUAAGGACAAGAAAAAGAAAAAAAAGAAAAAGGAUAAAAAAGCUGCUAAACCGGGCAACGUGGUUAUCGUCGAUGAUGAUUUGGAUUUAACGGAACUGCAAAGAAGGAUGGAUGCCGAUGAAACGGAUCUGUUCGGUCUCGACGAAGAGGCACCGCUGGUAGUUGGAAUUAUCGAUGAACGACCGCCUGAAUUGAGAGGGAAGGAGGAUUUCAGCAGCACAAAGUGGAAAGCGGUUGCUGCAACGGAUAGUUUUGAUAGCAUGUUACAGCAAACGAAUCGAGCCGACAGAUCACAUACGAAUCGCAAAAGUGUAAGUCCACUGUCUAGAAGUGUGUCACACCGGCAGAGAAAAGAUUCGGAUGAAAGUCCGUCUAGGAGGAGAUCGAAGGAAAGGGAAAGAAGAAAGGCAAAGCGAACAGAUUCGGAUGAAAGUCCUCCUAGGAGAAGAUCUAAAGAAAGGGAAAGAGGCAAAUUAAGGGGGGCAGAUUCGGAUGAAAGUCCCUCGCGUAGGCCUUUUACAAGUAAAAGCAAUCGGCACCAACAUGAUUCGGAUGAAAGUCCAACUCGGAAGCGAAGGUCAAUAGAAAGGCACGCACGACGGGAAGCUUCUGAUACGAGUUUGCCACGCAAACGCAAGCAAAGAGAUUAUUCUGAGACAAGCCCUACUCGAAAACAACGUCCAAACGAUUCGGAUGAGAGUCCUCCCAGGCGAAAGGAAGAUAAGGCAUCGGAGAGGCGCAAACAUCGUCGCGAUUCAGACGAAAGCCCACCUAGACGGCACCGUGAGAAAGAACAUUACGACAGAACGGAAAGAAGUGGUGGGAAACGGGAUCACCCAUCUACAUCCAAGCCACGGCAUCGAGCGAAUGAUUCUGAUGAAAGCCCUCCGCGAAGAAAAAAGUCUUCAAAUCGUCAGCGCAAUUCCGACGAAAGUCCACCAAGGCGAAAUCGUCCGAAUGAAUCGGAAGACAGAUCACGAGGAGAUGCGGAGAGAAGAGAUCAUUCAAGGAACAGUUCCAAGAAUGGACGUCGUUGUAACGAUUCUGAUGAAAGUCCUCCCAGACGUAGAGGGAAUGAUGCCAGAGAAAGCUCCUCGCAUCGUAAUUCUGACAGCCGACUGCAACCUAAACCGAGUAGAGCAACUUCACCACGGGUGCGCAUAAAACAAGAAAGAAACAAUUCCGAUUCCGACCUGUCCCCUCCGAGAAAGUCGGGGAAAUCAACGCGCCAAGAUUCGGAUGAAAGUCCGCCUCGAAGAAAAGCAUCCCAAAGACGCUUUUCAAGAAGCCCCGAGCGACACAUAAAGCGGGAAUCUGCACACCGGAAAGAUUACCGUGAAAUAGAGCAUCGGAUUAAGCAGGAACCACGGUCACCAUCUCCACGAAGGAAUGAAUCGACCAACCGGAUGACUAAAACGCUCGAUGGCAAGCGUGCCGGAUUGCAGGAUGCAGCAUCACUUCGCGAGGAGAACGAAAAGCAUAGAGCAAGAGAGCGCGCCGCAUUGAUGCAAAUGUCGGAAGAUGUUUCUGGUCGCUAUGCGGACACGGUGGUACGCGACAAAUCCGGACGUCGACGAGACGUUGAGAAGGAGUUGCGCGAAGAGCUCACGAAACGAAAGCACGAAGAAGAGAAAAAGAAAAUUUAUACCCGUUGGGGUAAAGGCGUAAAACAAGCGGAAGAUUACAAUGCCAAACUUCAGGAAGCGGCCCGGGAAAUGGAGAAACCAUUGGCACGGUACGCGGACGAUAAGGAUCUGGACGAGUACCUUAAGCAGCAGGAACGGGACGGAGAUCCAAUGUUGGAGUAUCUGCGUAACAAACAGAAGGAGGAAAACAAACGCGCCGGGAUUCCGGAAAAGCCAAUUUAUCAGGGCACAUUCCCAGACAAUCGGUACGGUUUGCGGCCUGGUUAUCGAUGGGAUGGUGUAGAUCGGUCGAACGGGUUCGAGAAGCGUUGGUUCGAGUCAACCAGCAAGAAGAAAGCGGUAGAGGAAGAGGCGUACAAGUACAGCGUGGAAGAUAUGUAAACGAGGACACGCUACCACCUCUCAACGGUUUCUCAACGAACGGAACAUUUAGCAUAUAUUUUUGGUAAUAACGAAAAGGAAAUAACGAACGCCCAAUCACACAUCGUUGUGGGAUUUAAAGCUCAA